UUUACAAUUCUCAUUCUUCAUUACAACAUUAUAUAUUUUGGAUCUCUAUAUUAUUUCAAUAUUUCUCUACCUACAAAUAUUUUUAUAUUGUUCUUUCUUUCCAAUUUUUAUCACUCCGGAAGAAAAAUGGAAGCACAAACCCAAAUUAUAAUUCCGAAAAAUGAAGAAAAUAAUCAUAUUAGAGAUGAGCAUUUUCAUGUAUUAGCCGUUGAUGAUAGUAUCAUCGAACGUAAAAUGUUAGAAAAGCUCCUUACCAUCUCUUCCUACCAUGUGACUUGCGUUGAAUCUGGGGAUAAGGCUUUGGAGUAUUUGGGCCUAGUGAAUUGUCAUAGCCCAGUUAUUGAUGAUGAUGGUCAUGUUCAUGAUGAUGAUCAUCAUGAUCAUGUUGAUGAUCAUCAUGAUGAUGGUAAUGAUGAUGAUGAUGUUGAAGUUUCCAUGAUUUGUCCUUCUCUUCCAUUACCUGAUAAUGUUCAUCACCACCACCAUCAACAGGGACAAGGAACAAGAGUGAACUUGAUAAUGACAGACUAUUCCAUGCCGGGAAUAACUGGUUAUGAUCUACUAAAAAGAGUCAAGGAAUCCUCCUGGAAAGAUGUACCAGUGGUUGUGAUGUCUUCUGAGAAUGUUCCUUCAAGAAUUCACAUGUGUCUAGAAGAAGGAGCAGAGGAAUUCUUGCUAAAACCAGUAAGAUUAUCGGAUUUGAAGAAGUUGCAACCUCGUGUCUUCAAAGCUACACCAAGUACAAGUUCUGAAAGUGAAGAAAAUAAUAAAAAGAGCAACUUUUUAGCAGCAAAUGACAAUAAAAUUUCCAAGGAAGAAAUUAUAAAAAUUAUUGCUGAUCAUCGUGAAGAUUACACCAGCAAUUCCAAUGAAGAUGAAACCAAUAAAAUUAGCUAUGAAAUAGAGAAAUUUGUUGAAAUAUCCAAGAUGAACUUGUAAUGUGAAUAAAUCCAUCUUAAUUUAGGCAGAGUUUAUGAAGUUAAAGAAAUGUUGCACCCUAUUAGCCAGUUUGAUAGAAGAACCAAACGAAAACUUUAUUUUUAUACUAGUAGACGAUUUCAAAUCUUCUUACCCUCUUUUUUGAUAAGCAAUCUUAUACUUGACGAUAUGAAUUGAAUAGCGAGAUCAGUUACAGACUUACAGUAGCAUGAGUAUGGCUUAGGAGGUUUCAUUGGCUAGAUUUCCUUAAAGUCGAGUCAUAAAUCCCUUUGGUACAAGUGCACAAAUUAAAGUUAGAUGAUUUUUUUUUCCCUCAAAUCAAAUAUAUGCUUGUAUGAGCCUUGGACCUCAAGAAAUUGUCUUUUUGUUGUAGCUUGUUAAGUAGUUUGGAGUGUUAGAAUCACGCUGAUAAGAAUUCAAGCAAUGUGGUGUAUGUUUCUAAGAAAUUCUGAUUUACAUGUAUUGAUGGAUCUUUAGUAAUGGUACAUUUUAUAGAAA